AGUACAGUACUAAGUAGCAAGGUUAAUUUCUUCUUUACCCAAUUAAUUAAUAAUUAUCAAAAACAUGUCUACCCCAUUCGGUGUUGAUUUAGGUAACUACAACUCUGUCAUUGCCUGUGCCAGAAACAGAGGUAUUGAUAUCAUUGUUAAUGAAGUAUCAAAUCGUGCUACUCCAUCCUUAGUCGGAUUUGGACCAAAGAGUAGAUUUAUUGGAGAAAGUGGUAAAAACCAACAAACUUCAAAUAUUAAAAAUACUGUUGAUAAUUUAAAAAGAAUUCUUGGAUUAAAUUAUGAUGAUGCUGAUUUUGAAAUUGAAAAGAAAUAUUUUACUGUUCCAUUAACUAAAGAUGAAACUACUGGAGGUAUUAAUGCUAAAGUUAGAUAUUUAGGUGAACAAAAGGAAUUUAGUGCCACUCAAUUAACUGCUAUGUAUAUUAAUAAGAUUAAAGAUAUUGCCUUUAAAGAAACUAAAGCUAAUCUUGUUGAUAUUUGUCUUUCUGUUCCAGCUUGGUAUACUGAAAAGCAAAGAAGAGCUGCUGCUGAUGCUUGUAAAAUUGCUGGUUUAAAUCCAGUUAGAAUUGUUAAUGAAGUUACUUCUGCUGCUGUUGGUUAUGGUGUAUUUAAAGCUGGUGAUUUACCAGAAGAUGAACCAAAAAAAGUUGCAUUUAUUGAUAUUGGUAAUUCAUCUUAUCAAGUUUCAAUUGCUGCUGUUAAAAAGGGUGAAUUAAAAAUUUUAGGUACUGCUUAUGAUAAACAUUUUGGUGGUAGAGAUUUUGAUCUUGCAAUUGCUGAACAUUUUGCUAGAGAAUUUAAAUCUAAAUAUAAGAUUGAUGUUCAUGAAAAUCCAAAGGCUUAUUAUAGAGUUUUAGUUGCUGCUGAAAGAUUAAAGAAAGUUUUAUCUGCUAAUACUCAAGCUCCAUUUAGUAUUGAAUCUCUUAUGAAUGAUGUUGAUGUUUCAUCUUCUUUAACUAGAGAAGAAUUAGAAGAUUAUGUUAAACCAUUAUUAGAUAGAGUUCAUGUUCCAAUUGAAAAGGCUCUUAAAGAUGCUGGAUUAACUGUUGAAGAAAUUGAUUCUAUUGAAGUUAUUGGUGGAUGUACAAGAGUUCCAUCUUUAAAACAAAAAUUAACUGAUAUUUUUGGUAAAUCAUUAUCUUUUACUUUAAAUCAAGAUGAAGCAAUUGCUAGAGGUAAUGCUUUUAUUUGUGCUACUCAUUCUCCAACUGUUAGAGUUAGACCAUUUAAAUUUGAAGAUUAUAAUCCUCAUACUGUUUCAUACUUUUGGGAUCAAGAAGAUGAAGAUGAAGAUCAUUUAGAAGUUUUCCCAAGAGGUGGAUCAUUCCCAUCAACUAAAAUUAUUACUUUAUUUAGAAAGGGAGAUUUUGAAAUUGAAGCAAAAUAUACUAAAUUAGAUGAAGAAUUACCUCAAGGUACUGAACCACUUGUUACCAAAUGGCAAAUUAAAGGAGUUAUUCCAUCAGAAGGUGAAUCAUCUAUUGCAACUAAAUUAAAAUUAAGAAAUGAUCCAUCAGGUUUUUAUACUAUUGAAUCAGCUUAUACUGUUGAAGAAAAAAUUGUUAAAGAAUUAAUUGAAAAUGAAGAAGGUAAAGAAGGUGAAGAUGAAGAUGGUGAACCUCAAUAUAAAGAAGUUAAGAAAUUAGUUAAAAAGAAUGAUUUAGAAAUUAUUACUUUAUCAAGUGCUUUACCAGAAUCAAUUAGACAAGAUUAUAUUGAAAAGGAAAAUUCUAUGGUUAUGGAAGAUAAAUUAGUUGCUGAUACUGAAGAUAGAAAGAAUGCCUUAGAAGAAUAUAUUUAUGAAUUAAGAGGUAAAUUAGAAGAACAAUAUAGUGCAUUUGCUUCUGAACAAGAAAAGGAAAAAUUAUCAGCAUUAUUAUUAAAGACUGAAGAUUGGUUAUAUGAUGAAGGUUAUGAUUCAACUAAGGCUAAAUAUAUUGCUAAAUAUGAAGAAUUAGCUUCAAUUGGUAAUAUUAUUAGAGGUCGUUAUUUAAGUGAUCAAGAAGAAAAGAAACAAGCCAUUAGACAAAAGCAAGAAGCUGCUCAAGCUGCUGCUAUGGCUGAAAAAUUAGCUGCUGCUAGACAAGCUGCUAGUAAUUCUACUCCAACUCCUGCUGAAAAGCCAGAAGAAAAUGAUAUUGAAAUGGAUUAAAUUGAUUUGAUAGAUACUGUUCAAUAUAUGCGUAUUUAAGAGAGA